AUGCCUUCUAUUGAAAUUGGUCAACAUCUCGUCAACCGUCUUAAGGAACUCGGUAUCGAUGUCGUCUUCGGUGUUCCUGGUGAUUUCAACAUGCCUUUGUUGGAUAUCAUUGAAGAUACUCCCGGUAUGACUUGGGGUAACAACGCCAACGAAUUGAACGCUUCUUAUGCCGCUGAUGGUUAUGCUCGUAUUCGUGGUGCUGGUGCUCUCGUUACCACUUUCGGUGUUGGUGAACUCUCUGCUGUUAACGGUAUUGCUGGUGCUUACUCUGAAAUGCUCCCCGUUAUCCACAUUGUUGGUACUCCUUCCACUGCUUCUCAAGCUGCCAAGCGUAUGCUUCAUCACUCCCUCGGUGAUGGUAACUUUGAAUACUUCCACGAAAUGUCUCAAAAGAUCUCUGUUGCCACUACUCACUUGAAGCCCGAAAACGCUCUCUCUGAAAUUGACCGUGUCCUCACCAAGUCUUACCUCUCCAAGCGUACUGGUUACAUUGGUAUCCCCAUUGAUCUUAUCCACAUGAAGGUCGAAGUUCCUCAAAUCGCUCCUCUUGAACUUUCCCUCCCCAAGAACCCUGCCAACACUCAACAAAUUGCUCUCAAGAUCGUCUCUGAAGCUAUUGCCAAGGCUAAGCACCCCGUCAUCAUUGUUGAUGGUUGUGUCCUCCGUCAACACAUGGAAAAGGAAGUUGAUGAAUUCGUUCGUCGCUCCGGUUUCCCCGUCUACGUUGGUCCCAUGGGUAAGGGUGCCGUUGAUGAAACCCUCCCCAACUUCCGUGGUUGUUACACUGGUUCCAUCUCUCUUGACGGUAUCAAGAAGGAAAUUGCCCAAGCUGAUUUGUUCAUUGAAAUUGGUGCUAUCAAGUCUGAUUUCAACACUGGUAUGUUCACCUUGGAAAACGACCCCGCCAAGACCAUCACUCUCCACUCUUUCACCACCAUCGUCUUCUGUGCUGAAUACCAAAAGGUCUCCAUGGUUGAAUUCCUUCCUCUCUUGACCCAAACCCUCCCCAAGGAACCCAGAAAGUUCGACCUCGGUCCUCGUGUCAAGCCUCUCCCCAUCCAAGAAGGUAAGGAAAUCACCCAAAACUACCUCUGGAACAAGGUUGUUGAAUACAUGGAUGAAAACGCUAUCAUCUGUGGUGAAACUGGUACCUCCGAAUUCGCUACCAUCAACAUGGACGGUCCUAAGGGUUCCACCUACAUCACCCAAUUCCUCUGGGGUUCCAUUGGUUUCUCCGUUGGUGCUGCUCUCGGUGCUGCCAUUGCUGACCGUAGCCGUCGUCUCUACCUCUUCGUUGGUGAUGGUUCUUUCCAAUUGACCGCUCAAGAAAUCUCCGUCAUGAUGCACCACAACCUCAAGCCCGUUGUCUUCCUCUUGAACAACGACGGUUACUGUAUUGAAAAGCUCAUCCACGGUCCCCACCGUGCUUACAACAACUUCCAAAUGUGGAAGUACAACCAAACCUUGACCUUCAUGGGUGCUCACCUCCAACGUAACAAGGAACGUGGUUGUUCCGAAAUCGGUUUCGAAGGCCAAGUCGCCACUCGUGAUGAAUUCGAAAAGGUCAUGACUGAAGUCCAAGGUCAACCCGACAAGAUGCACUUCAUCGAAUUGAUCAUGCCCGAAUUCGAUGCUCCUCGUGAACUCGAACUCCUCGUCUCCAUGUCCGAAAACCGUUAA